GCUUGUACUUGUAAGAAUGACUUCCAUGCCGAUGACAGUUUCCCAGGGCCGCAUGAGCUGCCUGACACUCUUUUUCUGAACGCGCACCAGCUCAAAACUACCAACUCAGCCAUGGACUGAAGGCCGUGAACGGCAUCCUUUUUAUUACCAAAAGUCCACCAUGAAAGGGCUUCUCUGGUUGUACCUGCUAUUGCAGGCCAUCGCGUUUUCCUUCGCCGACGCACGAGCUGAUCAACAUGUCCUUGGUGACGACGCAACCGGGGAGCGAAACAGAGACUCGUUCCGUGCAGAGGUAGCUGCACAAACAGGGGAACAACCCCCCCGGGAGCCUGGCUCCGAACUCGUCGACUCGGCCCUCGUUGAACUACACAAACUAUACCAGCCUCUCCACCACCGGGCACGGAAGCAACAUGGCGUCUUCGGAACGCUAUUACACUUCGCCCUCAAGGCUCUCCCGACCUUGCGCCUCAGCGCGCCAGUCCACGAUUCCUCGUCCAAGAAUCCGCACAACGGGAAACUUUUGCAGGCGACUAAGCUCCUCGAAGAAUCCGCCCGACGGAACAACUCCGAUGCCCUCUACAUCCUCGCCGAGAUGAACUUCUACGGCAACUUUUCACACCCGAAGAAUUUCCCGGCGGCAUUUGAUUACUACCGCCAGCUAUCAUUGCUCAAUGGCAACAGCUCAGCGCUCUACAUGAUGGGGUUGAUGUACUCGACGGGCAUUGGAGGAGCUGUGGAGCGCGACCAGGCCCGAGCCCUCCUCUACUACGGCUUCGCCGCAAACAAGGGGCAUACGAGGGCAGAGAUGACGAUAGCGCAUCGGCACCACGCAGGAAUCGGGGCACCGAAGAAUUGCGAAAUGGCUGUCAAAUACUACAAGCGGGUGGCCGACAAGGCCAUCGCGUGGUAUCGUUCGGGUCCGCCGGGGGGCAGGAGCUGGAUCACAGAAACCUACCGGAUCGCUGACGAGAGCGGUGGCGCCUAUGGAGAAGGCGCUAGCGUCGCCAGUGCAGGCAAUAACGCUAUCAAGGCACAUCCCAACUCGGACGCGUACGCCUCGAUCGAGGACAUCAUCGAGUAUCUCGACCUCAUGUCGCAGAAGGGCGACUUCAAGGCAUCGUUCAACCUAGGGCGCAUCUACUACGAGGGACAGAGGGGUCUCGACAAGAACGUGGUGUUGGCCAGAAGGUAUUUUUUUGAGGUUACUCAAAAGUACUGGCGGAAGAACCGCCCUGUCGAAAAUCCCAAAGUCGGUCUGGAUAAGACGGCCGGCAAGGCGGCAGGGUACAUCGGGCGCAUGUACUUGCGCGGAGAAGGAGUCGAGCAGAACUUUGAGCGUGCCAAGAUCUGGUUCGAUGCCGGAGAGUCUCUCAAAGACGCCCAGUCUCAGUACGGCCUGGGUCUGCUGUACCUCAACGGAUACGGCGUCAAGGCGGACGCUGGUCAAGCUAUUGACUACUUCAAGGCGGCCGCUACCCAAGACUACGGGCCUGCAGAGGUGCAGCUUGGAUAUCUCUACCUUGACCACGGGAGCAACGAAGACGUGGCGACUGCGAACCACUACUUCGAGCUUGCCUCGCGGUGGGCCAAUAUCGAUGCCUACUACCACCUUGCCGAAGCCAACAAUAUCGGCGUGACACACGAUAGAUCGUGUAGCACAGCCGUGUCCUACUAUAAGCACGUGGCCGAGAGGGCCGAGCCCCUUGUUUCAUCCUGGGCUGAAGCCAAUCUGGCAUAUGAGAGCGGCGACACCGAGCUGGCGCUUCUUCAGUACCUGGGUGCCGCCGAGCAGGGAUACGAGAAAGCGCAGAACAACGUCGCUCACAUUCUUGACCCCGCCAAAUCCCGCCUGCCCAUCGCCCAGCUGCUAUCUCAUCAGCCAGCCGCUGCCAUCCUCCAGGAACCAACUCUUGCGCUGAUCUACUGGACACGCUCAUCCCGCCAGGGCAACAUCGACGCGCUGGUCAAGAUGGGCGACUACUACCUGUACGGGAUCGGCACCGACACCGACGUAGAUAAAGCCGUUCAGUGCUACACCGGGGCGUCUGAAUACCACCAGAGCGCACAGGCGCUGUACAAUCUCGCGUGGAUGCACGAGCAUGGCGUCGGCCUGAACCAAGACUACCAUCUUGCGAAGCGCUACUAUGAUGCCGCGCGGGCGACGAACGAGGAGGCAUAUCUCCCGGUCUCGCUCAGCCUACUGAAGCUGCGGGCAAAGAGCGCCUGGAAUACCCUCACGAACGGCAGGAUCAACUCUAUUCAAGAUGAGCCAGCACUUAAAAAACAAUGGUCCCUCACCGAUUGGGUCAAUAACUUCCUACAAGACGACGACACCCAAUACUAUGAUGAACUCUACGAGGAGUACGGAGACGGCAUGACGGAUGAGGACGGGCUGGACCUCGACGACGACGGCCUCGUGGAGAGCGUCAUGAUCCUCGGCCUGGCCGCCGCGCUGGUUUUCCUGCUCAUGUACCGCCAACAGCGACAGCAGGCGGCCAGGCGGGAAGAAGCGAGGAGGCAGCAACAGCAACCGCACCAAGGAGGCGUUCAGGGAGGGGCAGCCGCCGGAAACCAGCAACAGCCUCAGCAGGAAAGGGGGUUCUUUCCGCAGCCUGGGGAUCCGAACUUUGGGCAGUGGGCUGCUGGAGGUGUCGGGCAUUAAUGAAACAGAGUCGAAAUUUGUGUAUGCAGUAAAGUACCGCGGUCUGGAGUAGGUAGCGGCGUAUUGGUUACAUGAAUCAUUAUUAGCGUUAAAGAUCGUUGAGACGGCAAC